CUAUCGAUGGGUAGCUCAGUUUUCAGCUGGCUGUUGUUCAAUCUACGUUACUCGUUACAAUAUGUACAGUGACCCAAUUCUGCUUCCACGCUGUCCUCAUAUUGUUCUUACCUCGUCCUUUUAGUGUCUUUCGUUCUUACACAUUGUUUCCACAUCCUUCACAAGCCGACAUUGCAGCUACACAGUCUGUUCCAUGCCCUAACGUCUGUAUAAUUUUCUUCCAUCAUUCGUUUAUUUGUUCCUGCAACACGUCGCAAGAAGUGACACAUAAAGGUGAAUUCCAUCAGUGACUCUCGCCAUCACUCGCUUUCUGCCAAGCCUCUGAACGACACACAACGACAUAGCAAGCAGCGGAAUGAAGGUUGGGUUUAGCGGAUGGGACUGGGCUGUGUUUGUGGUGACCUUAAUAGCAUCUCUGGGUACCGGAGCGUUUGCAGGAUGGGUGGCGCGGCUCAAGACUAAGAAAGGCGACACAAAGAGCACAGCAGCAGAGUUUCUGAUGGGGGGAAGAGAGUUGAAUCUCUUCGCGGUGGCUCUUUCCACUAUGAUCGGUGCUAUGUCAUCCAUUUCAAUCUUAGGUCGGUAGGAGUUCCCUGGACAUACCCAAGCCACCGCGUAUGCUGAUGAUGUUUUGCUGCAGUGUUAAGGCAACUCAGCAGAGAUGUACGCCUACGGAACACAGUUGUGUAUGAGCUUAAUCGGCACCGCCCUCGGGUGUGUCUUCGUACAUUUAGUGAACCUAAGAGUAUUCUACCCACUGAAAAUUACCAGCGUUUACACAUACAUAGAGAAACGGUUCCAGUCGAGGGCGUUGACAUACUUCAUCGUGUACUCAACCUUUGUGGGCACCUUCUUCUACGUCGGUUUGUGUGCCUACACCCCCUCGCUGGCCAUGGAGACGAUGACUGGCGUGCCCUCCUGGGUGUCCAUUAUUAUCAUGGGAGUGGUCUGCACUGUUUAUUCCGCCUGGGGCGGCGUUCGGGCGGUGGUGUACACGGACAUACUGCAAGUGUUUGUAAUGAUGGGGGGCGUACUGACGAUCUUGGUGACAGCUGUGGUGGAGGUGGGCGGCAUGGGGAAAGUGUUGGACAUUGCCAAGGAGCAUGGCAGGAUAGAGCUCUGGAACGUAGAUCCUGACCCCCUUCAGCGUCACAGUUUAUGGCUAGUCAUCAUGCAAGGCUACUUCCUGGUGCUUCUGGUGUUCGGGAUGGGCCAGCCGCAAGUGCAACGCAUAUGCUCCGUUUCCACCUGGCGCAAGGCUAUUGGGGCUCACUAUCUCAAUAUUGCCAUAUUCAUCACUGCGAUGGUGUGUUUCUACCUGUUGGGUUUGGCCGUCUACGCCGUCUACGCCGACUGUGACCCUCUAGCAACAGGCGAGAUCUCGAAAGCUGAUCAGAUCGUGCCUUUCUAUGUAACCGAUCGCCUUUCAGGGUAUUAUGGAUUACCUGGACUCUUCAUAGCCUCCCUUUACGCCGGUGGACUAAGCUCAUAUUCGUCGCAAAUCAAUGCCGUUUCCGCCGUCAUGUGGGAGGAUUUCUUGAAGAACUCUAAGUGGGUGGCGUCCAUGAAGGAGGAGCGACGACCCUACGUCAACGUGCUAGUCAGUGUCAUUACAGGGAUGCUUGGCGUGGUAGCGGGCAUUGUGUCCACGCAGGUGGGCGGAGUAUUCCAGGCGGGGCAAACCAUCCUGGGUACCAUCAAUGCCCCACAGCUCGGCCUCUUCCUGCUAGGGAUGUGCUGCCCCUUUGCCAAUAAGAUAGGCGGUAUGGUAGGCAUGGGUGCGUCUCUCGCCUUCAACUUCUGGGUCACCUUGGGCGCCAUGUUCUAUGGGAUUCCUGCUCCAACUCUCGAUUUCUCCGAUGAGGGGUGCGAUCCUUCGACCUCCUCUAAUUCAUCUUUUUCGCCAACCUUUUCUUUUACCGAAUCCCCUUCUUAUUCUACGUCGUUUGAUCCCACUACAGAACAGCCAAAAGAUCCGUACGUCUUUCCACUUUACCUUAUGUCCUACGCGAUGUAUUCCUUCGUCGGGGUCUCCAUCACCGUCUUCGUCGGCGCUGUUACUUCUCUUAUUACCAAACCGUGGACAACAAAAAAGGUGGGCAAGAUCUACCUCCACCCAGCCUUCUACGCCCUUCAGAAGAGAUGGGAAAAUCGCAGGUCUCACAUGGAUCCUCCUUUCAAAAGCACACAAGACCUCGUGUCACUGGAGAAAUACUGAGAGAGUAGGGAGAUGUGAAAACGCAGAUAUGGGCAAGUGUUUUAAGAUAAGGAUGUUUGGGUUAGAGGUAGCGAUCGUGGUAGAUGUGGUGGUAGAAGUAGUGGUGGCGAUAGUAAUAGCGUUGGUGAUGUGUUCGGUGCAAAGGAAUUUAUAUCGUAAUUAAAUAUUGUAGCCAUAAUUAACAACAAAGUAAAUAUUAUUCAUUUUCUGUACAUAGUGUGUGCAUAAGUGGUAUGUAUAUAAUUGAUUUUUCUUCUUAUUUUCCUAUUAAAAUAGUUUCUGACACUGAAUA